UGGUCACGUCUGGUCACGGGAAGCCGGGAAACGGACGAACCAGGCAACCCAGCAACGGCCAACGGUUUAUUAGUUUAUUACUUGUAACGCUCGUUGCUCGCAGUCGCGCCUCACACCGUUUACCUGUAAUGAGUUGGUUGUGGGCGCCGCGUGUUCGUUGGAUAUAGUGCGAUUUGUUAUCACCGUAAAUCAGCAGCCACCGGUCGAUCGUAUCGUUUUCAUAGGUAUUGUUUAGCUGCACGAAAACGGAUUUCAAAUUCCGUCCACUUAGUUUUUUUUUAAACAUUUUUUUUUUAGUCCAUUGUAAAAAAAUAGAUUUAACCGUUAUCAAUUUAUCAUCCGUGGUGUGGAUUUCAAGUGAUAGUGGUAAACAAUAAUAAUAAAAAAGCAACACAUUUUCGGGCGGGUCUGCGAGGCGCGAGCGCAUCCUGUGAUAAGAGAUAAAGCUGUACAAGCCUCAUCCGCGGCCGGUUGUCAUUUCGUAACGCAAUUUAAUGAUCAGUGUUAAUAAUUAUUAAAAAAAAAAAUGCUUUAUAUAUUUUCGGCGUUUUUAGUAAAUAUUUUUCCUUUAAUGCGUUUCUGUUGAGCGACCGCGCUUAGUGUGCCGAUCACCGUCUCUGAAGUAGUAAUCUCGUCCCCCGCACCUGUUUUAGUUGAACCGGUUUGAAUGUGUGCCCGYCGAAUUCAUUUUUUCAAACAACUCAAGUGAUCCUAACGACGACGACCACCAUAAUAAAAAAUUGCCGCGUCGCUGAACCGUCUUCAUCGUACAACUGCGGUCAAUGGACGCGUGAACUAAACGACCACCGUGUGCUCAGGCACAUAGCCACGAGAUAAUGUMCACGACGCCGUUCGUGGUCAAGCACGAUGGGAAGAAGCACAACAUUGAACACUUUUUGCGCUUCCAUCCAGGUGGUACCAAUACAUUGUCAUUUCUGAAGAACGCAGAUGUCACUGAACGGCUGUUUGCCACUCACCACUCUGCUGCUGCAUAUGAAUUGCUCAAGGAUUAUAGAGUAGAUGAGGAAGAUGUACACAAACACAUUAGAGAGGAUGGCGAUCUAGAAAGCCUUGUAGAUUGGAAUCGACCCAUGUUUUGGCAAGUUGGAUCACUAGGCCCAAAGUAUAAAGAAUGGGUAUUGGCUCCUGUUGAUCGAAAACUGAGAUUGUUCGGCUCCGACUUCAUUGAAUCGCUCACCAUUACUUCAUGGUAUAUGGUGCCAUCGAUUUGGAUACCUGUAAUGUUUUACCUGAUAUUUAUUGGGUAUCAGAGGUUAAGAAGUUCACUGGCCAGCACAUUAGAUCAAUCAAUUACUUCAGGUAUGAAAAGCAGAUUAUUUUACAAAUAG